AUGACGCUGGAUGGUAUUAUAUUUGAAAGAUCGAGAACAGCCUGUGCAGAAACAGCGUCUAAUAUCAGGUCCGACCUCGAGCGGGCAGGAUGGUUCUUCGCCGAAGACAAGUGUAAAUGGGACCCCUCGCAAACGUGCACUUGGUUAGGUUUUAAUAUUGAUUUAUCUUCUAUGUCCAUAUCAGUAGCACCAGAGAGAUUAGCCACGGCAGUGCACCGACUCGAAGUUAUCCCAAGCCAUCACUGCCAUCAUCUCUCCAAGCCAUCACUGCAUGAAAGAUUACGUUGGGCUGGAACGCUGUCUUCUUUGCACACUGUUUUGAACAUAAUAGAUAAACGCAAUACGAGGGCAGUAUCUCGUGUGAUAGCGGCAGCGCAAGCUCAAGAUUGGCCGCUGUCCAAGGCAUGGCCCAAACUAGCGAAGAGCACCUCGAGCUACGCUACUGGACAAAUAGGUUACGACAAGGUCCCCAAUACCGUAUUUCAUAUAAUAGAUGUCGAUGCGUCAGACCACCCAGUAGGAGCUUUCCUGCGUGAUAGCAAUGGUACAACAUUGGCGCGCACAUUUAGAGAACUUCCGCAUUAUCUCCUAGGGGAGUCCAGCACACCCAGGGAACUAUUUGCCAUACAUUUUGCUUUGGACACUUACAAAGAAUGUAUUGAUCGUGUGUUGAUUAACACGGACAGCCAAAGUUCGGUGACCAUUUACAAUAAGGGAAUUAGAUGGGUUCCCAGAUCAGAAAAUGAAGAGGCAGACUGUGCUAGCCGCCAGAUAGAUUUUGAUGACUGGAAAAUAGCGGACCGUGUUUUCACGGCCGUCACUUCAAAAUGGGGAAAGCCCUUAAUUGAUAUGUUCGCCAACGACAGGAAUACACGAUGCAGUAUAUUCUUUUCCAGAUUUCACUGUCCAGGAUCCUCAGGGAGUCUCAUUCUGAACCGUGGAAAAGUGGAUUUCUAUGGCAUCUUGGGGUGCCCGCUUUGGGAAUCACAGCCUUUUUACCCAAUCAUCAAAAAUGGUGAUGCCCAGUGGGCCGGAUUCGUUUUGGACAGCGUAUGCUUCCCUGUAGGUACAAAAUUGUUCAAAAAUCCACAAUUACCGGGUGCGUUCGGGUCCGAGUUUUCGUUAUCGCCUUUCGUGUUUCUGUUUAUCGAUUUCACGCAGGGCGCCUAUUCCGGCACGUUGAGGCUGGCUAUUGCGUUCACCGUGAGCGGUGUGCUCACUCGCCCACCCCUUUUUCUUCCAAAUCAAAAAUUUUUCUUCGGAGCCCGGCGUUUCAACGAAGCUGCUUCUCUGAGGGUGAGAGCAGAACAAAUGGGAAUGCCUCAUAUCAGUGAAGCCAUAUUAAAUGCUAUCAAUUCUGACAGAGCUCCUUCCACGAUCAAAGCUUACACGUCUGAAGUGGAAACAAAAAGUGGAAAAGUAGCCCAUACAUGCGCAGCAUUCCUAUGCCUCAAGCCAGGAACCUUUUCCUGGCGAAAUGCUCGGCGGAAGGCAGGCUAA